AUGUAUAGAGUGCAGUGUAAAGAUGCCUGUUAUUAUUUUCAUGUCCCCACAGAAACCUUGGAAGAAACAAGGACACAGAAAAAUCAGUACCAGUUUUAUGGAGACCUGUGGGCCUACUUUACCUCCAUAGACGGCCAUAGACCGGGCCUGGAUAAGAACAUGUUGGUGGAGGAGGUGGAGGAGGCUAAAUGUGACCAGUCUGGGAUGUAUCUGAUCAGUGUAAGUCUAUAAACGUACACCUGAAUGUGUUUAUUUGUUUGUUUGGUUGGUUGGUUGUUUUUGGAAACAAUUGCAGUCGCCUUUGCUUCAUUUGUGUGUUUUUUCUGUUCAAUUUCUAAUAGGUAGAGGAACACAAAACGAAUAGAGACCAUGGCAUGGUCCAGAUGUCGCUGACAAAGGAUGAGUACACUUGGUUUUUCAGACUUCCUCAAAUUCAAGCACUGCCUCCCAGGGGGAAAGAAGUCCCAGCACUUUUUUUUCAAUUCUACAAGCACUCAGCUCAAGAACCUGCCUGCCUACCUGAGGGAGGUGUGGAAGGAGAUGGGUCUGCCUGAAACUCCUACCUUCACUGACCUGCGGACCUCCAUUGUCACUCAUGUAAGUCAGAUUAGAUAUGAAUAGAAGUAUUGUAAGAUCCUAUUCCACUGUUGUCUGAAAUAAUAUCAAAUAUUUUUAUUUAUUUGUGUGUGUGUGUGUGUGUGUGUGUCUUUUUUGCUUGUGUCUUACAGGUCAAAAACAUGCUCCCGAAGGCUGACAGGGAAAGGGUGGCCAACUUCAUGUGCCACGACAUCCAGACCGCAGAUACAUUUUAUGCCAUCAAUUUAAAUCCGUCCCAAGCCAGUGAAACCAGGGCACUCUUCGAGGCAGCAUUAAAGGGAGAAGAUACCUCUGUCACCACCGAGAACCAGGCCUCCACCUCUUCAAAAAGAAAGCGGAAGGCAAGAGAGGAGGACUCCCUCUCCGAGGGGAGCACCACCCCCGAAGAGACCAAGGUGAUGUACCAGGAGUCUGGCCCGUCCUCCAGGGACUCGGAGGAGGAAGAGGUCGAGGAUGAGGAACGGACGGCCAGACAACCUGUGGUAAGAUCAGCUAUUCCGACACCACACAUUAGAUUACCAAAUGUGCUUGUACACCAUGUAACAGUCAAACGUGCAUUUUUUAAUAUAUAUAUGUUCUCUUUUGUGUUUGCUGUGCCUGAAGACACCCUCCAAGUUGACCAUGCCUGAGCUGGAGCAGUACCAUACCCCGAGCAAGAAGCAGCUCAUCCUCAGGCGCCGCAUGGUGGUCGCCGUCAGCCCCCUGCUAGUCUCACCCAUCAAAUUGAAGAGCAAGUCGCCCCUCACCUCCCCCAUUGUCACGAUGCAAGGUAUGCAGCAGCUGAAUUCAAAUGAAGACCGACUCAAAAAAGCCAUUGCCUCAAGGAGGAGGAAGCUGGAUGAGAAGGUGCACAAGGAAAGAGGGGAGACCUCUGUCAGCCAGAAGGAAGGGGAGCCGACCCACUUCAAGACUCAACAAGGGGAGGAAGGAAACAGCAGCACCUCUUACCAAGACUCUUAA